AUGUCGGUUGAAGCUCAUCCUCCAGGCCUUGACGUUUUGGCCGGCCAGAAUGAUGUUGCAGGAUACACUCCGAACCUCGAAAAUUAUCAACAAUUAGCAACCACGCCUACCGAUCAAGACUUCCAAACAUCCAGAAUGCCGAGUCCCAGGCACGACUUUAGAGGAACGAAGUAUUUCGACCCAGAUAUUGAUGCUAAGGAGAAGGAAAUGAUACCUUAUGAAGUAAAUAUCGAACGCUUGUUGGACAGUGGAGAUACAGAUAGCGAAAGUAUGAGGGAGAAUCAGGCAAUGCUUGAGAAAGCUAAAGACGAGCUCGCGGACUUGGUCAUUAAGAAGAACGAGAGCUUGAAGAAAGAAAAGAAAUGA